AUGGACAAUCUCUUGAGCGUAUAUAUGAGGAAAAAUGAUAUCAAAUUUAAUGUUAUACCUCCUCCCCCAACACAAUUUUACAAAAACUUACCAAUUUAAUAGCAAACAGAUCAAAAAAAUUUAUAAUUUUAGGGUAGAGCUCCUCAUCAUCACAAUUCAUUUCAUGAGACUAGAUAAUAAGCUUUCUCAUUUACACUUUUAACAUUAGAGAUGCUUCAUAACAAUCUAGAUCACAUCCAGAUUUAAUAAAUUAAAUAUAAAGUUAUAAAGAAAAUUGGAUAAGGCAGUUUUGGGUAGGUCUUUCUAUUAAAUAAGGAAAACUCUAAUUUAUAUUUUGCUCUUAAGGUUUAAAAGUAGAUUAAUGAGUAAGAAAAAAAAAUUCUUCUAGAUCUCAAAGGAAUAAAAUUUAAAAAUCUAGUAAACACUAUUGACUGUUUGUAAAAUUGUUAGACUAAAGAAUACUUUGUUUUGAUGGAGUAUUGCGAAAAAAGCUUAUAAGAUGUGAUAAAUCAAGAAAAAUUAAAUCACCAAGAUGCUCGCUAUAUAAUUAAAUAAAUUGCAAAUGGUAUAAGGGAACUUCAUGAAAAAUAAAUUAUUCACAGAGAUUUAAAGCCAGAAAAUAUUCUAGUGUUCUCCUAUGUAGAUGGAGAAAACACCUAGAUAACGUAUAAGAUAUGUGAUUUUGGAUUGUCAAGUACUAAAGAGAUUUCAUAAACCUAUAAAUGUGGUACAUCUCAUUACAUGGCUCCAGAAGGAAUCUAAAAUUUAUCUAAUAAGUUUAUAGGUUAUACUGCUUCUGUGGAUAUUUGGGCAUUAGGAGCAGUGAUUUAUGAACUAUUUUCUGGAGAGGUCUUAUUCAUGGGCAACAGCAACUAAGAAAUCUUUGAUUUGAUAUUGAGUACUAAAUAAGAAAGCUUAGAGGAAAAAAUUAAAAACAAGAUUGGUAAUUUAGAGCAUGUCAAUCUUGUUUUAUAAAUGAUGUAAAUCGAUCCCAAUAAGAGAAUUACAAUUAAUGAAGUAAUAAAUAAGUUAACAAAAGGAGGAACCAAAAAGAUUAAUAAAAACAAGUCAGUCAAUGACCUUUAAGUUUCUUAAUUUCAACCUAAUAAAAUUGUACAAACUAUGACAUAAUAACCCAUAACUGAUGCUUAAAGAGAAGAAAAUCAUGAUAGGGCAAUGAAAGUUAAAGAAGCAUUAGAAUAAUGUAACGAGUCUAUUAUACGUGGUAACAUUUAUACUUAAGCGUUUAAAUAAGUAGUUGAAUAAUAAGAUAAUCAUUCAAAGUCUAUGAUACGUGGUAACAUUCAUACUUAAACGUUUCAAUAAGUAGUUGAAUAAUAAGAUAACCAUGCUAAGUCUAUGAUACGUGGUAAAAUUAAUACUUAAGCAUUGAAAAAAAAGCCUUAACUUCUUUGA